ACGCACUAAAGGAAAGGUGCAUUCACACUCCGAUGAGAGCCGCUCCUCCUGCUGCCUGUCCCGGCCUGACCGAGCACGGAGUUUGGGAAACCUAACAGGUUGCACCGCCUGGCUCCUCAUUGGCUUUCUUUCCCAUCGUUGGCCACACGGCAGAGGUCUCAGGGUUGAAACAAUUCAAGCAGCGCGCACGCACGCACACACAGAAGGACUCUGCAUCCUGUGGUAGAUCCACUAUCAGCACCUGACACCUCGAAAACAGGAAAAAGGUUUCAGCAGGCGUGCAGAUGUGUCGGGGAGUUCGGGGGCGGAGCAUGGCCGGGGCUUUUAAAACCCCUCACAGCGAAGCCCCGGCUUCACUCCUCUGAGAAGAGACCAGCCCCGUCUCCACCAUGUCCUACUACGAGCACAUCAUCUUCGACUACGAGAAUGACACCAGCUCCGGUUCCGGUUCUGGGGAGGAGGGAGCGGAGCUGGAGGAGCCCUGUAACGUGGAGCACGUGAUGACGGCCGAGCUGCAGCAGGUCUUCCUGCCCGUGGUCUACUCGCUCAUCUUCGUUCUGGGCAUCACCGGAAACGGCCUGGUGGUGGUGGUGCUGGGCUGCCAGCGCAGGUCCAAGUGCAGCCUGACCGAUCGCUACCGUCUCCACCUCUCCGCCGCCGACCUCCUCUUCGUCCUGGCGCUCCCGUUCUGGGCGGUGGACGCGGCCCUGAACGAGUGGCGCUUCGGAGCGGCCACCUGCGUCGGGGUGCACGUCAUCUACACGGUCAACCUGUACGGCAGCGUGCUCAUCCUGGCCUUCAUCAGCCUGGACCGCUACCUGGCCGUGGUCAGGGCCACCGACACCAACACGGGGGGCCUGAGGCAGCUGCUGGCCCACAGGCUGGUGUAUGUGGGCGCCUGGCUCCCCUCCUGUCUUCUGGCCGUCCCGGAUAUGAUAUUCGCCCGGACCCAGGAGGGCGGAGAGGGCUCCACCGUGUGCCAGCGGUUCUACCCGGCGGACAGCGCGCCCCUCUGGGUGGCGGUGUUCCACCUGCAGCUGGUGCUGGUGGGCCUGGUCAUCCCCGGCCUGGUCCUCCUGGUCUGCUACUGCGUCAUCGUCACCCGACUGACCCGCGGCCCGCUGGGCGGCCAGAGGCAGAAGCGGCGGGCGGUGCGGACCACCAUCGCCCUGGUGCUCUGCUUCUUCGUGUGCUGGCUCCCCUACGGGACGGGCAUCUCGGUGGACGCCCUGCUGCGGCUGGAGGUCCUGCCGCGGAGCUGCCGGCUGGAGGCCGUGCUGGGCGUGUGGCUGGCGGUGGCCGAGCCCAUGGCGUUCGCCCACUGCUGCCUGAACCCGCUGCUCUACGCCUUCCUCGGGGCCGGAUUCAAGAGCUCGGCCCGCCGGGCCCUUGCGCUCAGCCGGGGGUCCAGUUUGAAGGUUCUACCCCGACGGUGCCCCGGGACCUCCACGACCACGGAGUCCGAGUCGUCCAGUUUGCACUCCAGCUAGUGCCUCCAUCUGUGUGUGUGGGUGUGUGUGUGUG